AGAGAGUGUUACGGUUUUGGCUCCAAAUGAGAGUUAUUUUAUUACUGUCUUUUUCAACGUAAUUCAGUUCACUCACACUCAAACUCGCCGGAGCUUCAGUUUCCGGCAAUCUCCACCGGCAAUGGUUAAGCAACAAAGCUUUAAUCUUUGAAAAAUAAAUAAUCUCAUUUUCCAUUUCCAUUCUUUCUCUCUCUUUCAAACAUGGCUCUCGUUUUUCCUCUUCUUUUAUCUCUUCUCUUUCACCCCUUUCUUCUCUUCUUCACAACCUAUCACGCAAAUGCCUUCAAUUCUUCGAUUCAUAACGACGCAUUGCCCCUUCUCACCUUCAAACACUUCGUCUCUUCCGACCCUUCAAAUCUCCUCGCCGGUUGGACUCGGAGUUCCUCUUCCUCUCUCUGCCGCUGGCACGGCGUCACUUGCGGCGGUGGAGACGGCAGAGUAACAAUCCUUCGCGUCACCGGUCUUCGAGGUGGUGAAUUGGCUUCUUCAAUCGGAGACAUUUCGGAGCUUCGCGUUUUGUCUAUUCCCGGAAACAUGUUCUCCGGCGAGAUUCCGACGAGUUUAGUGAACCUCCGGGAACUCGAGGUUCUUGAGCUUCAAGGUAACAACUUUUCAGGGAGAUUACACUUUCAGAUGAGUUAUCUUGAAUCACUUAUCAUUGUUAAUCUCUCUGGUAAUGCUUUUUCUGGUUCUAUUCCUAAUGGGAUGGUUUUUUCUAGAAAUGUGAAAAUUGUUGAUUUGUCUAAUAAUCAAUUUUCUGGUUCAAUUCCUUUGAAUGAAAAUGGUUUUAUUAGUAGUUGUGAUUCUUUGAAGCAUUUGAAGCUUUCUCAUAACUUUUUGAGUGGUGAGAUUCCACCCCAAAUUGGGAAAUGUAGAAACUUGAGAACCCUUUUGGUUGAUGGAAACAUUUUGGAAGGUAGAAUCCCUCGUGAGAUUGGUUAUGCUGUUGAACUUAGAGUUCUAGAUGUUUCUAGAAACAGUCUCACUGGAAGGAUCCCUAGGGAGUUAGUUAAUUGUUUGAAUUUGUCUGUGCUUGUGCUUACUGAUUUGCUCGAUGAUCGCAAUGGCGGUAAUGAUGAGGGAAGUUUGGAGGAUAGUUUUAGAGGUGAAUUCAAUGCUUUUGUUGGGAAUAUUCCUCAUGAAGUUUUGUUGCUUUCGAGUUUGCGGGUUUUGUGGGCGCCUAGAGCGAAUCUUGGUGGACGGUUACCUGCUGGAUGGACAGAUUCAUGCUCUCUAAGAGUACUCAAUUUGGCAGAGAAUUAUGUUGCUGGUGUUGUGCCUGGGAGUUUAGGGAUGUGUAAGAAUUUAACUUUCUUGGAUUUGAGUUCUAACAAUUUGGUUGGACAUCUUCCUCUGCAGAAGCUUAGGGUUCCUUGUAUGACGUAUUUCAAUGUAAGCAAGAAUAAUUUAUUGGGCACACUUCCGGGAUUUAGGAAAGAAAGGUGUAAAGUGGGUGGCAUUAUUGCGCUAGAACCUGCAUUUCUAGAAUUGGAAGGUUUGAAUGAUGCAUACUUUAACAUUCCUGUUUUGAGAUUUCAAGAGAAUGCUUUCAUUGGAUCGUCAGGUUUCGAAGAGAUUACUGUCGUUACCCACGAUUUCAGCUGGAACGGUUUUGUGGGACCUUUACCUUUGUUCUUUCUCGGAGAUGCUCAUUUAACUGCAAAUCGGAAAGUCUCCUAUAUGCUGUCUUUGAAUAAUAAUAAAUUCAAUGGAACUCUACCGGACCAACUAGUUUCAAACUGUAAUGACCUCAAGACAUUGUCGGUUAACCUGAGUGUGAACAAACUAUCCGGUGAGGUUUCCCAAUCUUUGUUUCUCGACUGCCUGCAGUUGAAGGAUUUUGAAGCAGCGUACAAUCAAAUUGAUGGAUCAAUUGGACCUGGUAUAGGUGAGUCGUUGUUGCUUCAGCGUCUGGAUUUGCGCGGGAACAAACUAUCUGGAGUACUUCCAAAUGAGUUAGGAAAUCUGAAAAACAUGAAAUGGAUGCUUUUAGGAGGAAACAAUCUUACAGGUGAAAUUCCUUACCAACUUGGUAGAUUAACUUCACUUCUUGUUUUAAAUGUAUCACACAAUGUUCUAAUUGGAACAAUUCCACCAACUUUGUCAAAUGCCACGAGUCUUGAAAUUCUGUUGCUAGAUCACAACAACCUUUCAGGGGAAAUACCUUUAUCCGUUUCUGCUCUUUCGAAUCUUGUUCAACUAGAUGUGUCUUUCAACAAUCUUUCGGGUCAUAUUCCACACUUUCAACACACUAGUGAUUGUGAUUCCUAUAAAGGGAAUAAACACCUGCACUCUUGCCCCGACUCGUACUUCGACUCGCCCACUUCUCGCGCAACAGCUCCUCUUGUGGACAAGAAUUCACACAGUCAUAGAGGGAGGAAAUUAAGGACUGUGGUUAUUGCCUUGGCUGCUUCUGCUUUUGCGGUUCUCUGCACACUUUUGGGAAUAGUGUUGGUGAUUUGUUUUAGAAGGAGUAAAUUUAGUCGGAUUAGCAGUAUACGAAGGCGAGAAGUUGUGACAUUUCAAAUUGUCCCAACAGAAUUGAGUUAUGAGAGUGUAGUCACGGCCACCGGAAAUUUCAGCAUCCGGUAUCUUAUCGGCACGGGAGGCUUUGGUUCAACUUACAAGGCAGAUCUAUCACCAGGUUUUCUUGUUGCCAUAAAGAGACUGUCCAUAGGUAAAUUUCAAGGCAUGCAACAGUUUGAAACAGAAAUAAGGACGCUCGGGAGAAUUCGACACAAGAAUCUUGUGACUCUAAUCGGCUAUUACGUAGGAAAGGCCGAAAUGUUCUUGAUUUACAACUACCUAUCUGGUGGAAACCUUGAAGCUUUCAUACAUGACAGGUCAGGGAAAAAUGUGCAAUGGCCGGUUAUUUACAAAAUAGCGAAAGACAUAGCGGAGGCUCUUGCUUACCUUCAUUACGCUUGUGUUCCUCGCAUAGUUCACCGAGAUAUCAAGCCUAGCAACAUUUUACUCGAUGAAAAUCUUAAUGCCUAUCUGUCUGAUUUUGGCUUGGCACGACUGCUUGAGGUAUCUGAGACUCAUGCUACUACUGAUGUGGCAGGCACAUUUGGUUAUGUUGCGCCCGAAUAUGCCACUACUUGUAGGGUUUCUGACAAAGCUGAUGUUUAUAGCUACGGCGUAGUGUUAUUAGAAUUGAUAUCCGGAAGAAGGUCGCUUGAUCCGUCGUUUUCUAAUUAUGGAAAUGGAUUCAAUAUAGUACCAUGGGCGGAGCUGCUAAUGACUGAAGGUCGUUGUUCGGAGCUAUUUUCGUCUGCUUUGUGGGAAUCAGGGCCUAAGGAAAAGUUGCUGGGGCUUUUAAAGAUUGCAUUAACAUGCACAGAAGAGACUCUUUCUAUUCGACCGUCGAUGAAGCAUGUUCUUGAGAAAUUGAAACAGUUGAAAAGUUGAAAACUUUUGGCUAAUCGCACCGAACAGCUAUGAAAUACUAUACUGCUUUUGGUUGCUUGAAAAAAUUAACUGAGAUGAAAUACAAAAAGGUUACAGAUCCAUCAACUACAAAAACUUAUGCUGACCAUUAGGAAUCUCAUUCUAAUUAUAAUGGCAAACUUAUGAGCUGUUCCUACAAAACCAAUGUUUCCUCCUUUCACAUUUGUGUCAACAUUUUAUUAUUUUUUUGACACCAUAUGAAGAAUGUAGGUGGAGUAAUUACUGGAUGCAAAAUGGUAUGUGCCAUUAUGAUUUUUUUGACAUAUUUGGAGGGUUAUUUUUUUUAUGUGACCACAUGGGAACUAUGGAAAGAUGUAAAAUUUAUUAAUUACGUGGUGACGAAGCAAUUGUUAUUAUUCUUAAAAAAUGUUUGGUUUGAGAUCAGUGUUUGUACAAAAGAAAUGCCAAAAUUGUGAAUCACUUCUUUGUCCAAAUCUACCGAAAGGUGUGAAUGUAGCUGUCACAUAUUGGUGUAAAACUUUGGAGCAAUUAAUGAUCUUGUGGGUACAAUAGGAUAUUCUCGAAUUAUUUUUGUUUUUUUGCUUUUUUUUUAUUCCAACAUGUAAAUGGAAAGCAGGGACAGAAACAUGGUAUUUACAGAAGGAAAAUGCAAUGCAACUCUUCAAACGCUCAA